GCCGGCCUCGGCCUCUCUAGGCGCGCCCAGGGAGCGACGAGAGGGCGCUUCCGGCCUGCCUCCUUCCUGCGCCGCCGGAGAUGCGCGUGGAGCGCUGCUACUUCUGCGCGGGGCCGGUCUACCCGGGCCACGGCGUCGCCUUCGUCCGCAACGACUGCAAGGUGUUCCGGUUCUGCAAGUCCAAAUGCCACAAAAGCUUCAAGAAGAAGCGCAACCCGCGCAAGGUCCGCUGGACGAAGGUCUUCCGCAAGGCCGCGGGGAAGGAGCUGACGGUGGACAAUUCGUUCGAGUUCGAGAAGCGCCGGAACCAGCCCGUGAAAUACCAGCGAGAGCUUUGGCAGAAGACCGUUGAUGUCAUGAAGCGAGUGGAAGAGAUCAAGCAGAAGCGGCAGGCCAAGUUCAUUCUGAACAGAUUAAAGAAGGGCAAAGAGCUGCAGAAAGCGCAAGACAUCAAGGAAGUCAAACAGAACAUCCAUCUCAUUCGAGCACCGCAUGCAGGCAAAGCCAAACAGCUGGAAGAGAAGAUGGUCCAGAAACUAGAGGAAGCCGUAGCCAUGGAGGACUCUGCCUAGAGAGGCUGUUCCUCUGCAGGUGUUGUUGGCUGACCUUUGGGCUGGAGGCAUCCCCAGAGCAACCACUUCUCCUUGGGUUCAGGGCUCAGCUGGGGCUGGUGGUCAGCCUGUUUUCAGAGGGCCCCGUGGGAAUGCUGUUGUUUAUAUAAUAAAGUAGUAAGUCCGUGAAA